AUGGGGGAGGAUUUCGAAAUCGAGGAUUUCGCAGCGUAGGUCGGUCGUGAAAGAUCGAACGAGUUAACGAGACUCGGUUCGUGAUCAGAGACAAGGUUAACAAAAAUAUUAAUGUAAAUAAACAGAUGGAAAUAUCCGUUAAUAACUUGUCAAAAUAUAAGUCGUUCUAAUGACUUGUAUUACGCGUGAGUUCAAUAAUAAUUAAUGAUAUGUAAGUCGUUAUAAUUUAUAAAUAUAAUUUAUAUAUAAUUAUAUUUAUAAAUAUAUAAGUAAAUAUAUAUAUAUUAUAUAUAUAAUUUAUAUUUAUAAAUAUAUAAAUAAAUAUAUAUAUAUAUUAUAUAUAUAAUUUAUAUAUAAUUAAAUAUAAUUUAUAAAAUGACAAUUAAGAUUUGUACAAUCCUGCCUCUGUCGAGACAGAAAUUUAAUCUUAAUUAUCGACAUCGAAUAUCCUUUCAAGGGAGAAAAAAAUUCUUCUCUCACAUUUACGAAAUGUGUGCCGCAAAGAAUAUUAUUUUCUUUCAAUAAAUGAUCCCGAAGAAUCGUUCAAUUUUAAACGGACGAACGAUCGGGACGAUUCUCACAAUUCACAGUCCUCACGACAGACGUUAGAUCGAAGAGAAUCGCAGAGCUGGGGGAGCUAGUUGUCGUUUCGCAAAGCGGAUUGGCGAGUUUUACAACACCGAGCUCUGGCCGUGCUGCUUGGCUACCGGUGACCGAUCGCACGAAUCGCGAAACUUCUCGAACGGAGAGUGCCAAGAGACGCUCGUUAAGGAACACGAAACGCCCGAUAAAAAAAAUUUCAAUUUAUACGCAAAAAAGUGCUGGGAACUUAGAUGAAGAAAGUUCAUAACUGGCCAUUAACUCGUUUGGCCUGACUGCAGCAGGAGCGGCUCUGUUUUCCUGCCCUCUCUUUCUAGUUUGCGCGCGGAGUUUCUCUCUCUCUCUCUUUCGUCUCGAGCCCUUCGCUUUUGUUGCCGUCCUUGCUAUUAUGAUGCACGUCCUCCGAACCAAGUACCAACCUCCAAACACUCUUUGAAAAAUAGGCUUGGAUUUGUUACUCUGUACUUAACGCAUUUAACACGUUUAACGACUUCACGUGACUUAAUUGUUGGCCCGAAUCUAUUAUUAUGCGAUUGAUAUUAUACUGAAGUAUUACUUGCAACAGAUAAGUUGAAGUAUAUAUAAUCAUGUUUAUUCGAUUUAUUUUACUGUGGUGAGGGGGUGUCAUAGGCGACGCUGUGUGUCUCUUCGAUUUUCAUUUACUUUUUUUUUUUUUUUUUUUAGCAAAAUUCAUGUACAAAAAACAUUCUUCAUCUACGCCAUGAAAUGCACGAAAUGGCAGGGAAAGCCAGUGCCGCUGAAGAGGUGUAGUAAUGUUGCUAGAGAAUUCUCUAUGAAAGAAUUCAAAACAAGUAGAUGGAACGAAAGAAAA